UUGCAGAGUUUCUUUUGCCGGUGACCUUUUGGAAGUGAACAUUAAAAUAUAGUUACGUAAAAUUUUGCUUUCGUUCAAAAUAAUUCUGUGUGGAUGUGAGUAGUGCAAAUUCUGUGAUAUUCGAUCGGGUGCAUUUGGAACCUUGUGACUUUUAACUUUAUGGUCAAGGUCAUAUCUAUGUUGUGUAUUGUUACAAAGUGCAUUUUCCUACUCCUUGCUUUGAUGCUGAUGGCAGUAUUCAUUCAUGCACAGACACCAGACAGCCCAGUGCCCGGGUCAGAGGCUCACCUGGACUUGGAAACCGCCGAAACGGCUCAGAGGCACUACGGCGGCGGCGGCGGCGGACGCUACUAUGGCGGCAAUCGUUACCACGGCGGCGGCGGAGGCGGCGGACGUUACCGUGGCGACGGUCUUAACCGUUACCGAGACAGGCGUUAUCAUGGUUAAUUUCCAAAAAUAUCAACUCCAUAUGAAGACAUGUUCACUGAUACCCGACGACAUUAUUCUCUAGAAGAUAAGUUUAAUUUUAAAAUUAUUAUUUUUAAUAAUUAUUUAUUACCA